CAAAGGUUCAAAUCAAGGGUAUACUCAUCCGCUUUCGCAUGUUCCUGGUCUUUCCCCUCUCCCCACCAGUGGCUCCAGCAGCUUGUCUAGCGUAUCUUAUGCUCAUAUGUCCAAUACUGGGUGAAUUUACAUCGCAUAUGUCCUACACAACACUUUUAAAUAUCGAUUUACUACCUCCCACUCUGUACGCGGGGUUGGUAGAAUCACAAUUCAUCAUUCAUAAUCGAACAGAUAGUCUAAGUACAGAUAACGCCUCAUCAUUCGCACCCCACACGCCCUCAUAUCCAAUCAUCCCGUUACAGUAGGGUAUAGUGUAGUAUAAUCUUUCGUCUAAGG